CCCUUUUAUCUAAAUUAUAUUUAACCAGCUAAGCCGGCUCAUUCAUGAUUUUAGCGUAGCGACUAAAAUAAGUAAUAGUUAAAAAAAUGUAUCUUUUUAUUUUGUUUUGUGUGUUAUUUUUAGGCCCUCAUUUAGUUUUUUCCGAGACUUUCCCUGAAUACUUUAAAUUUGCUGUUUCUACUUCAGCAUAUCAAGUGGAAGGAGCAUGGAACCUUAGUGGUAAAGGUCCGUCAGUAUGGGACUGGUAUACCCAUACCUAUCCUGAAAAAAUAGCAGAUGGCAGCAAUGGCGACAUUGCUUGCGAUUCUUAUAACAAAUACGAAGAAGACAUCUCGUUUUUGCAAGACCUAGGGGUUGAUUAUUAUAGAAUGUCUAUAUCGUGGCCUAGAAUUUUCCCUAGCGGUUAUUUUAAUGAAAUUAACUUGGAAGGGGUUGAGUACUACCUUAACCUUUUUAAGCUUUUAAAGGCUGCAGGAAUAGAACCAUUAGUAACGUUAUACCAUUGGGACCUGCCACUGGUUUACCAUAAUAUGGGUGGCUGGACUAAUCCACUUUUAGCUGAUUGGUUUGGGGAAUAUGCGAGGAGAUGUUAUGAACUUUUUGGUAGUUAUGUUAAGUACUGGAUAACUUUAAAUGAACCACAAACUACAUGUACCAACGCGUAUUCUUAUGGUACUUUUGCUCCAGGUUAUAGUUUAAAUGGUGUGGCAACGUAUAUUUGUGCUUAUGUACAUUUAUUGGCCCAUGCCAAGGCUUAUCAUAUUUAUCAUGAUGAGUUUUAUGCAGAGCAGCAAGGAAAAGUUAGUAUAGUGUUAGUGACAUACUGGGGUGAGCCAAAUAACAGCUCUAGUGAAGCUGAUGUGGCUGCUGCUAAAAACUUUCUACAAUUUUCUAUGGGUUUAUUAGCUCAUCCAAUUUUUAUUGGCAACUGGCCUCAAGUUGUUAUUGAUGAGGUUGAUCAGAAGAGUGAAUUACAAGGAUAUACCAGAUCCAGAUUACCGAAAUUUACUGAUGAACAAGUUGCUUAUAUUAAAGGCACUGCUGACUUUUUCGGGCUCAAUUACUAUUCAACAUACAUGAUUUCUGAUAAUACUAAUGCUGCUGAAAUACUAUAUCCUCCAAGCUAUGGUACAGAUAUAAAAAUCACUUUAGGUUUAAACAGUAGUUGGCCAAAUUCAGCAUCCAGCUGGCUAUACAAUGUUCCAUGGGGGUUAAGAAAACUAAUAAACUGGGUUUCUAACCAGUAUAAUAAACCUGAAAUAAUAAUUACUGAAAACGGUUAUUCUGAUGAUGGAAGUUCAAUUGAUGAUGCUGGUAGAAUACAUUAUUUAAAUGGCCAUAUGUGUGAAGUUUUAAGAGCUAUAAGUGACGAUGGUUGUAAUGUUACUGGAUAUACGCAAUGGACUAUGAUGGAUAAUUUUGAAUGGAAUGCAGGAUACACAGAAAGGUUUGGUCUAAUUCAUGUGGACUUCGGAAGUGACAAUCGGACCAGAACACCAAAAUCUUUUUAUGAGUGGUUCAAGAAUGUCGUGAAAACCAAUACAAUUAAUUGCACUGGGUUUUAGGUUGUUACCUUGGAAAUAAAUAUGUUUAAAGUAA